UCUUGUGAUGGCGGCUGAUAUUUAUAGAUCGUUCGUAAAUGUUGUUUAUUAGAAUAUAAACGCAUUAAAAUGGAGGAAACCAAAGUAAUUUACUACAUAGACGAUGAGGAGACCCCAUAUUUAGUUAAAAUUCCGAUAUCUCCUGAGAAAGUGACUUUAUUGGACUUCAAAAACCAGUUGAAUAGGCCGAACUACAAAUUCUUUUUCAAGUCCAUGGAUGAUGACUUUGGUGUAGUGAAAGAAGAAAUAGUGGACGAUAACGCGCAUUUACCUUGUUUCAACGGUCGUGUAGUGUCGUGGUUAGUGUCGGCGGAGGGUUCAAAUCCUUCAGACGGGGCAUCGCAGUGCACUGAUAGCAAUGCGGGGAAAGGCAAGCAAACCAACCAUGGAGCUCCAUCUGCGCCACUUACAAGAGACACCUGCACUGAUACGGACAGUACGAUCAGCUCGAGACCUGGCCACAGAGCUUCUUGCGAUAAAUACAAGUACAGAGGGCUCAGAAUCAAUGGACAUUCAAAAUACGCUCACCACGGCUUGGAAUACGAAACUGCUUCAGUUUUGAGUUCAGAUUUGGACUCUACCAGCCUGUUUGACAGUCAAUCUGAGAUUACGACGACCACCGGACGCCAUACGAACGCCUCAGUGGACCGUGCCCUCACUGAAUGCAGCAGUGUCUCACACCUUCAAGUUAGCAAUCGUAAACGCCCACAGAGAAGACGAAAAAGGCCGCAAGUGAUGUCCAGAACCUCUUCGUAUUCCUCUAUAACCGAUUCUACAAUGUCUAUGCACAUAAUAACUGUGACUUUGAAUAUGGAUACAGUGAAUUUUCUAGGUAUUUCUAUUGUGGGUCAGUCGAACAAAGGCGGUGAUGGUGGUAUCUACGUUGGGAGUAUCAUGAAAGGUGGUGCGGUGGCAUUGGACGGAAGAAUAGAACCAGGGGAUAUGAUACUGCAGGUGAACGAUGUUAAUUUCGAGGACAUGACCAAUGACGAAGCGGUCCGUGUGUUGCGCGAGGUGGUACAGAAGCCGGGGCCCAUCAAGCUGGUGGUGGCUAAAUGUUGGGACCCGAACCCCAAGGGGUACUUCACUAUACCGAGGACGGAGCCCGUGAGGCCUAUUGAUCCAGGCGCGUGGGUUGCGCACACGCAGGCGCUCCGCGAGGCGUACCCGCCGCCGCCGCCGUCGCUGUCGGCGCUGCCCGCGUCCUCGGCGUCGGAGCGCGCCGCCUCCGACGCCAGCACUCUGCCCGCCGGCGGCGCGGAGCCCCACCUAUCCGUGAAUAUGGACAUGGCGGUCGUGGUCAGGGCAAUGCUGAGGCCGGAUUCCGGCCUGGAGAUCAGAGACAGGAUGUGGCUGAAGAUAACAAUACCGAAUGCGUUCAUUGGCGCCGACGUAGUGGAUUGGAUUCUGCAGCGCGUCGCCGGCAUAGCGGACCGCCGCGACGCGAGGAAGUACGCGUCGCAUAUGCUCAAAGCCGGCUUCAUACGGCACACGGUGAACAAGAUAACAUUCUCCGAGCAGUGCUACUACGUGUGCGGCGAGCUGUGCGCCGGCAUGGCGGCGCUGCGGCUGCGCGACGCCGACGGGCUCAGCGACGCGCUGCCCAACCCCAACGUCAUGGGACCGGGUUAUAUGCCCUACGGGGGCUCCUACGGCUACCAGCCGAUACCCUUCAAAUAUACGUCGUGCGUCGCCAGCGAGCAAACUAUAUAUGGGUAUAAUCGUGAAGAGAGUGUGCUAUCAGGCAGCGGCGGCUCCAGCGCUGGUUCGGAACAUUUGACAGCUAAAGAACAACACGCCCCAAGAGAAGGCGAGGUGAAGUCCACGUCGAGCGGUUCCGCGGCCUCCGUCGUCAACGAGGGGGGCGGAGGGGGGGGAAGGCGGGACCGCUCGCACUCCAGCGGCAGCUCGAGGGGCGACAGGCCCGUGCUGUUCUUGUAACGGACAAAAUUGUGAGCGCGCGUCAACGGUGCAUACUGCCAAAUAUAUAUAGGUUAUAAUUAUUAUGUACACAUAUAUUUUAGAUUAAGACAUCGACUUUGAAACUAUAUUAAUAUAAUCUUGGUGUAAAAAGUGGCGCGCGAAACCGCGGCACACUACUAACUUAACGCGUAAUAAUCGCGUAGUUAAUGAUAUUUCUCAAUACUUGCUGUCUCUUUCUUUGCUAAGUGUCUAGAAAGAGAUGGACAGUCGAAAGUAUAUUAAGUAUACAGAAUUGUGGUGUAUAAAAGUGUAUAUACCAAUAUAUUUUUUUUCAAACCUAAACAAACAUUUACAUAAAAAACAUGAUAUUAUUUUCUCAAAUUUUCAUUUCAUACCGUAAUUAGAUUUCAAUUAUUAUUUUUUGUUGAAUUUUCAGCUCUGUAUAUUUUUUAUGCUUUUGACUGGGCCUACGUUCAGUGUUGCCCUCAAUGAAUAAAAAAUAAACAGCUACAUUUCAAUCAAAAGAUGUAUUAAUUUUUUUUUUAUUGUGUCGCCUCAUAAGCAAAAAUACUAAAUCGCACAAACAAUUUUUUUAUUACCAAUUAAC